AUGGAACUCGUCUCCCAAUUCACAGAGGACGCUGUCACCCAGGAGGACCAAGACUGUGAUAGACCAGCUUGCCGCCAGCCAGGUUUCUUUGUGUGUGGACCAUGUUACGUAGGAUAUUGGCAGAAGGUUUCAUCAUCGGUCCGACCUUCAGUUCAGCGUGUACUGCCCGUUCCAGUCACCCAGAGCAUGCAGAGGCCUCAGGCUCUUGAUAUGAGUCGUGUGCUUCCGGAUCCUCAAAUUAUCCGUCAAAGUGUGAAUGAUGCGCAGAGGAAAUCUACAAUCAACCCGCCCCCUGUGGUUCCAUUCUCCUCAGGCAUUGGCGUCAGUCAGACUCUUGCACAGGGGCCAGAUAUCCUAGUACCAUCAUCCUGGCAACAUUCACAGAGCUUAGGCCAGCAUAGGGUCGCUAGCGGGGGCAUUGGCACUGGAGGAUAUUCUGCCUACCAUGCACAAUAUAGUUCGGAGUGUGAACGGUGGGCCAAACUUUUGUACACUCCACCUCUGGCGGAAACUAUUACUUUGGAGGUUUCAGCAGUUCAUGAGGGCAACUCACAGAGGAAAGCCGGGCGUGGCAUAAACAUUGGUAACAUUUGUGAGGGCAAGAAGGAUAUCAAUGCUUGGAUCGAUGCACCUGGACUCAUCGCUCUCGUGUUGGACAUGGUCGUUCCAAAACUCUUCAUGCGGGAUGCUGCUUGGGUUGAUCUGUCCACACACCAGCCCAACGUCCCUUACUUUUUCUCUCAAUGUCUAGUCCCCUCUCACCGUGGGCAGAAGGCGCCAACAUUUAAGUCCAAGCAAUUCACAUUGGCAGUUAUUGUGCCAGCGGCGCAAUGGAAUGAGUAUGAGAAUUGGAUAGAAAAAAUUGAAGAGCAUCAGCUUCAUCAGUCCAUGGCGGCUCAAGACUUGCCUCCUACGGCUUCAACGACUUAUGACUUUGAGUAUGCUGAUGAUGGGAACGCUACUGAUGGGAACACUAUUGGGGAUUCUGAGGAUGGGAACGGUGUUGAGGACGCUAUUGAGGAUUCUGAGGAUGCGACCGGCAUUGAGGACUCUGAACAGGGAGAUGACUUGGAGAGCACCAGGGCACCUUCUCUCUCAGCAAAACGGAUGCAUGUUCGAUCAGUGAGUGAUUCUCACUCAAGCACCAUGUCGCCCCCUCGCAAGAAGGCCGCACCAUUAGUGUACAAAGGCUCGGAUGGACUUCGCCUCCCUAGCCGUGACUAUCUGAGAGUUGCAUUGAAGUACGGAGGCAGCACAAAUCCAGAUGCAUCUAGUAAAGUCUUCGACAGGCACCACGAGGAUGUUCAAUAUUAUCCAAUCCCCACUCGCUCACUCACCGACAUCCUGAAGAUGCCGAAAUAUCAUACCUUUGAACUCAACAUUUCAGACUCACAUAUUGGUCAACUCACAAUUGAUGUUCCCCUCCAUAGUAUGAUAGGAAUCAGCGCUUUCAAGACAGCUCAUCCUGGGUGGCUCACUCUCUCGCUCAUCAUUCCAAGCGGUCUUGGAUCGCGAUCUCAGCAUCCUGUAGUCAUUAAGCGACCAUUCUUUAGGCCCCCAUCGGACUCAGGCCGCCGCCGCCACUGCCACACUCAAGAUCAUGUCAUGUAUUGGGCUAAGUCGCUCCUUGACUACACAUACAAUUACAUUGACCAUCAUAUUGGCAUCUCACCGACGCCACCACCCUUUGAGAUCCCUCGUGUACGUUUUGUUGAUGCUGGUGUCGCUUUGGGGUACAGCCAGCACAACGCAAGCUCAAAACCAGGAGACAAGUCAAAUACAAAGGCAGGAGCGGUUUCAGCUGUUUUUCUUCUUGAAGAGUCCAUCCUGUUCGACAAUGAGGAGGAGUUCACCAAGUUCAUUCACAACAUGGACUGUGUGUAG